UGUCCACAAAUAAGAAAGUUCCUUUCUCGCGCUCUCACCUUCAAGUCACGGAGAGGAGGACCCAGCAGGGAUCUGAAGAGAUAUCCGACUUCCAUUUCAUGGCGGUGGAGACGGCGAAGAGCUUCAGCGGUGCCGGCGGAGAGGACGAGGUAGCGGUGGCUUCGGGACUCCUCCCCCUAGCCGGAGCUUCGCAGCAACCCUACGUCUCCGAACUCCUUUCUUUUACCCUCGAUCGUCUUCACAAGGAACCGGAGCUUCUGCGGGUGGACGCCGAACGCAUAAGGAGGCAGAUGCAAGAAGUGGCAGUGGGGAAUUACAGGGCAUUUAUUUCUUCUUCUGACGCUCUCUCUUUCAUAAGGGAUCAGCUCAUGGAAUUUGACAAACAUCUAGAGUCGCUGACAACUGAGAUUCCAAAGCUUACAUCUGGUUGCACCGAGUUCAUCGAGUUAGCUCAGCAAAUUUUGGAAGAGAAAAAGCUUAAUGAGACAUUGUUAACCAAUCAUAGUACUCUGCUUGACCUACUUGAAAUUCCCCAGCUAAUGGACACGUGCGUAAGAAAUGGAAAUUAUGAUGAGGCUCUUGACCUGGAAGCUUUUGUUUGCAAACUAGCAAAAAUGCAUUCCGAGAUACCUGUCAUCCAGGCGCUAGCGGCUGAAGUGAAGCAGACAACACAGUCUCUCCUUUCUCAGCUUCUUCAAAAACUACGAUCUAAUAUUCAGUUACCUGAAUGCCUUCGUAUUGUCGCACACUUAAGACGUAUAGGAGUUUUUGGUGAGUCGGAGAUGCGCCUACAGUUUUUGAGGUGCAGGGAGGCAUGGCUCUCUGGAAUCCUCGGUGAUUUGGACCAGAGUAAUGUUUAUGAGUAUUUGAAAGGAAUGGUUAAUUGCCACAGGAUGCACCUGUUUGAUGUUGUUAACCAGUACCGAGCCAUUUUUAGUAACGAUAAAUCAGGGAAUGAUGAGAAUUAUGAUGGUGGACUUCUUUUUAGUUGGUCGAUGCAUCAGAUCAGAAAUCAUCUUGGCACUCUUGAAGUCAUGCUCCCGAAAAUCAGUGAAGGCGGAUCAUUGUCAAAUAUCCUGGAUCAAUGCAUGUAUUGUGCCAUGGGGCUUGGCUUGGUAGGAUUGGAUUUUCGGGGCUUGCUUCCACCACUUUUUGAAGAUGCAGUUAUGAAUUUAUUUUCGAAGAACAUGAGCGCGGCUGUUGAGAACUUCCAGGUGAUCUUAGAUUCACAUCGUUGGGUUCCUCUUCCAUCUGUUGGCUUUUCAACAAGUAGCGUCACUGAGGAAAGCCAGAAUGCUGUGACUCCACCCUCUGUUUUGAUGGAGCAUCCUCCUCUUGCGGUUUUUGUCAAUGGCGUUUCAGCCGCCAUGAAUGACCUGAGGCCCUGCGCUCCACUGAGUCUGAAACAUCUAUUAGCUCAAGAGCUUGUUAAUGGCCUACAGGCUGUUUCUAACUCUCUAAUUCAUUAUAACUCCGUCCGAGUGCUCCGGGGAAACGAAUCGUCUCUUUUCCUUUCACUCUGUCAAGCUUUUGUCGAGGUGGCUUGUCCCUAUUGCGCAACUUGCUUCGGUCGCUGCUAUCCCAAUGGAACUGCGCUCAUUACAGAAAGAAGGGGCUCAUUCGAUGGUGUAAGCCAACUCUUAACGGUCUCCUCCAACAGAGGAUUUAAAAAAUCCUCAGAUAAUGUUGAAACGAUCAAAGCUGCUGAAAAUGGCGAUGCAAUGAUGGAAGAAAAGUCAGCCAUUGUUGAUGGCGAAGCUCUGAAUAAUUCAAAUUUUGAUCAGAGCGGCACCGAAACAAUGCCCGAAUCUCAAAGCAGUUCAUGAAACAAGAUGCUACAAGUUUCUAUUGGUAAGCUGUUUUCUGCAAUUAUUACUUUUGUUGUUUUUAACUUUGCAAAUUCUUAUUUUUAUAUAUUUGCUUAACUGACACCUAAACGUUCAUAUUUACACGCAUACCACUCAAAUCUUUUAACAUA